GUCGUCCUCAUUCGCAACUGUUGUUCCGUCUCGGUCGUUCGUCGUGUGUUUGCUUUUGGAAAGGAAAAUGUUGGAUGUGAAUAUUUUCUGCCAGCUAUGAUGGAGUGGUGAGGCGCACGGGAAUUCGAACGGAAUUUGAGACCUUCGACCCUGUCAGCUGCUUGAUAUGCGAAAGACAGUUUUUGCGGAAGAUCGUUGGCAUGGAUUGUGAUUUCAAGAAAAUCGAGCAGAAACAACCUGAUAAACAGUUAUUGUGAGAUGGGUAUGCAAAGUUUCUGCAAUCUAUUUUUCGUGGAAGGUUUCGCUCCAUCUGAGAAUGCCUGUGUUCCCUGAAGGUUGAUUGAUUAUUUACAACAGAAAAAAGGAUGAACGAAUGCAUUUCGAAUGUACCGAGCGGAGAAUAGUCAACGCUCGUUGGAAUGUUGUUGCCGAAGAAAAUCAUGUGUUGUGUACAGUGAAAAGACUAAAAGAGCGGUCAUUAUAGAAGUGAGCCAUAAUUCAAGUGCAACCAGUUGUAGUGCUAUUAUCCUGGCUUUGGGAAUCGAAGAAAAGUGUAGUUCCAACAGUAAGCGGAAGCUGUUGUUGUUGCCUGCUGGUGUGGUGGGUGGCAUGGAACUGUGAUGCGGAAAAAUAACAUCCUCGAACGAAAACAAUUAAAAUGCGAAUUGAUUUUCCGCCAACGAGCGCGGCGGAAGGCCUGUACUGCACCAGACGAACCCAUUAUUGGCGACGGCCGUGAGAGUGGCGGAAAUGAAAUGAAAUCCAACGUUAGGACUUAAAUUUUGUGCUAGAUGCACCGGUGCUGACGCCGGAAAUUGAUUUAGUGAGUGCAGUAGCGUUGAUUGCUACACUGAAGAAAAAAUAAAGUGGUGAAAAUACUAGCCUAGCAGUAGAAUUCAACGCGAAGUGGUGAUUGCUUUCAGGGGUUCGCAGUAUAGUGCCAAUGCCGGUUGGAAAUGUCCCCUAUCACCAUCGAAGAAAGUAUUCGCCACAGGUUCUACCAGAUUACCAGUCACGAAUAUUUUUCGGUGAUUAUAUGCGAGAAAACCGACCGACGCGCGUGGGUGGCGGUGUCGCUGUGAGCGGAAGUACAGGAUCACAGGCUCCGGUUUGCGUGGGUGGCGCUGUUAGUGGUGGCAGUGGUAGUGGAGCCUCUGUGUGCAGUGGCGAAGAGCCGUACUCGAUAACGGGCAGUUCGGCAUCGUCGGUAGCGCAGGACACUUGUAAUAGCAACAUAACAGCAGUAGCGAUUGCUACUAACUCCAGCAGCAGUGGUAUCAACAUCAGUUCUAACUGUAGUGCUGUUAGCCAAUCGGGCUGUACCGUCGGGAGUACGAGUGUGAAUAGUGUCAAUAAUUUUGCCCCCAGUAAUAACGGUAAUAAUGGUAAUGGACCAGCCUCACCGCUGACUGUGCAACUACACCAACAGUUAGGUUCUGGCGUACAGCAUCAGCCUCAGUACUCGGUGCAGCAACGGAUUGUGCAGUCGGGUGGUGCUGUAGGGGGUGGGGGCUGCAGUGUCGUGUCGGUUUCCAACAGUGUAAGUGCUGUUAAUAAUAAUAUCAGUAAUAACAACAACAACAACAACAACAGCGGCAGCUCAGCCACUGUCAUUGGAGGAUUAGCUGCUGGCGGAUGUGGACCACUGGCGAACUGCAGCUUAUCAGCUGCAUCAGCCAUUGUGAGUAGGGGUAAUAACGGUGACACCAGCAACAAUAAUGACGAUUGCGACCACCAAAAUUCACCCGGUCCUUGCUCGAGUACAAACAGCUACACGAUAGGCGGAAGCAGCAUCGAUUUACAACCCCAGCAGCUGGUUCUCCAAAACAGCAACAGCAGACAAGUCAACCGCAGCAUCAGCCGCAGCAGCAACAGCAGCAACUACAACUACAACAGCAGCUACAACAAUCAUCGAGUUUAUCAAGUAGUAAUAGUCUAAUUAAUAACAACGGUAAUCAAAUUAGAGAUAGGGAUAGUACCAAUUACGUGAACGUGUCCUCGAUAUCGGCCCUCAACGUGUCCUCCAUUAGUAACAACAACAACAACAACAGCAACAUCAUCAACAAUAACAGUAGCAGUAGUUCCAACAGUACCAAUCACCACGUCAACCUAAUAGGCGCAUCGACAGCGUCAGCCACAAUGACCACCUCAGCCGCAAUUUCGCCUCCUCGGCCAAUGCAGAAGG